CCUAGGGAGAAAGAGGGACUACUGCGCCUGCGCAAAAGCGCCUCUUUUAAUGAGCGAAGCUUGCUGAAGUCAUGCUGGUGCCACCCGGCAGUAGCUAUAGACGUUUAGACUCGCGAUGCGUAGCGCUGGGAGUCGCUUACGGGUCGCUUCGGGAGAGCCUUUUCCCGCGCGUUCGCGGGUGGACCGAGCGGUAAGAAGAACGGUGGAAAUCAUCAUCAUGUUUCAGCAUCGAAUUGGUUCCCUUCCUUGAUACCCAUUCUGGUGCCAGGCAAAAGGCCUCCUGCAUCCUUUAGGAUGUCCCGUCUGCUGGUGUCUGCUUUGGUUUGAGACGUACCGCGGUGGGGAAUUGUUGCGCCCAGUGCGACGAGUUUGUCACCUCCAGGUUUGGGAGCAAUUGCUGCGAACUCAGAUCUCCUUAAUUGAUUUGCCUCAGUCGAGAAGCUGAAGCCCUUAUUGUGGAAACCCCGAUUUCUUUUCCCCAGCAUGUCAGAAAGCUGGCCGCAGCAGCCCCCACAGCAGCAACCGCCGGCGCCGCACCAUGCUGGGACCACUGCCCUCCCGGAGCAUCCCAUCGCCUCCAGCGCUGUGGUGGAGAAUCCCUUGGGCUGUGCCGUCUAUGGCAUCCUUCUCCAGCCGGAGCCCAGCAGCCUGCAGCACCACACUUCCAUCCCGGCUGGCGGCGGAGAGCCCUCCACAAAAUGUGGGCUGUGUGGGCAUGACUUGGGGCACCUCUCAAACCCCCAGGAGCACCAGUGCCUGCAGGGGGGCCACGACCGCUCCUUCCAGUGCACCCAGUGCCUGAAGAUCUUCCACCAGGCCACCGAUCUCCUGGAGCACCAGUGCCUGCAAGUGGAGCAGAAGCCCUUCGUCUGCGGCGUCUGCAAGAUGGGCUUCUCCCUGCUUACCUCCCUGGCCCAGCACCACAACGUCCACAACGGCAGCGCCGCCGUCAAGUGCUCCAUCUGUGAGAAGACCUACAAGGCCGCGGCGGCUGCCGUGGCAGCCCCUGAGGAGCCUGCGCCACCGCAGCAGCCGGCCGCGCUCAACCGGACUCCCGUGGAGAAGCCCUACAGCUGCUCCAUCUGCCAGAAGCCCUUCAAGCACCUCUCGGAGCUGUCGCGGCACGAGCGCGUCCACACCGGGGAGAAGCCGUACAAGUGCAGCCUCUGCGACAAGAGCUUCAGCCAGUCCUCCCACCUGGUGCACCACAAGCGUACGCACAGCGCCGAGCGGCCCUACAAGUGCACCGUCUGCGAGAAGGCCUUCAAGCACCGCUCCCACCUGGUGCGCCACAUGUACGCCCACUCCGGGGAGGCCCACCUCUUCCGCUGCAACGUCUGCGAGCUGCACUUCAAGGAGUCCUCCGAGCUGCUGCAGCACCCCUGCACACCAAGCGGGGAGCGCCCCUUCCGCUGCGGCGCCUGCCACAAGGCCUUCCGGCGCCCCUCGGACCUCCGGCAGCACGAGCGCACCCACAGCACGGAGCGCCCCUUCCAGUGUGACCUCUGCCAGAUGAGCUUCAAGCAGCAGUACGCCCUCAUGCGCCACCGCCGCACCCACAAGGCGGUUGCGGGCACCGCCGCCACGCCAGCGCCUUCCGCCGAGCAGGAGCUGCCGGUGGGGCCGUUCAAGUGCUCCCUGUGCGAGAAGGGCUUUGUGCAGCCGGCCCACCUCCUCUACCACCAGCACGUCCACGGCAUCGAGAACCUCUUCAAGUGCAACGCCUGCCAGAAGGGCUUCAGCCAGUCCUCGGAGCUGCUGCGCCACCGCUGCGUGCAGAGCGCCGAGCGACCCUUCAAGUGCGCGGCCUGCAGCAAGGCCUACAAGCGGGCCUCGGCCCUGCAGAAGCACCAGCUGGCCUCGCACUGCGCCGAGAAGCCCCUCCGCUGCACCCUCUGCGAGCGCCGCUUCUUUUCCUCCUCUGAGUUCGUGCAGCACCGCUGCGACCCAGCCCGCGAGCGGCCCCUCAAGUGCCCAGACUGCCAGAAGCGCUUCAAGUAUGCCUCUGACCUGCAGCGCCACCGGCGGGUUCACACCGGGGAAAAGCCCUACAAGUGCCCCGCCUGCGAGAAGGCCUUCAAGCAGCGCGAGCACCUCAACAAGCACCACGGCGUCCAUACCCGGGAGCAACAUUACAAGUGCAUGUGGUGCGGGGAGCGCUUUCUGGACCUGGGUCUCCUGCAGGAGCACAGCGCCCAGCAUACCUCCACUGACAGCACGUACCCCGUGGCACCCUGCCUGCCCUGAGCAUCUCCCCCUGCUGGCGGGAAAAGGUUCAUGUCAUCCUCCAUGCCCUGUUAGCGCUGGGCUUAGGCUACGGCGAGCGACUAGGCCAUGUGGGACCCUUUC